AUGGACUUCAUUUUGCUUGAACUGCUUCUGAUAUGCACAGGCAUUUUAUUGAUUAUUUUUCUCACAAUUUACUUCCUGUGGCCUUCAGCUCUGCUUAAGUUUGGGAUAUGGUUUGGUCGAGAGAUAAAUGGGUUGCAAGUGAGAUAUGCUGAGCAUAAUGGCUACAGGUUCUGCUACUUGUCCUGUGGGAAGCCUGGCCUUCAGCCCUCCAUGCUGUUGCUUCACGGGCUCACACUCAACAAAGACAUGUGGUUAAUUACCCUCACGUUUUUUCCUAAGAACAUCCAUGUGGUUGCUGUUGAUAUGCCUGGUCAUGGGGAUACCACUUGCUUGCCAGGAGAUAGCUACACUACGAUUGAUCAUGUGACAAGGCUACACCAGUUUGUUGAGUGCACUGGCCUGAACAGAAAGCCUUUUCACUUGGUUGGCAUCUCCAUGGGUGGACUGUUUGCUGGGGUUUAUGCUGCUAACUAUCCAUCUGAAGUCUGUGGCCUGUCUCUCCUUUCUCCAGUUGGCGUGAGGUGUCCAACAGAAACAGAGAUCAUGAAGCACUUGAAGGAGCUGUGUAGAAACCAUGUCACGGAGAACAUUCUUUUCAUUCCUUGGACUAUCCCACAAGGAGAAGAAUUGCUCAGAAUCGGUGCAUACAAUCGCAUCAAGAUACCUAAACAGUUCACAAAGGGAAUUUUAGAAAUGCGGUUGCCAAACAAUGAUUUUUUCCUGAAAUAUUUCUUCGACACGUUCAGUGAUGAGUCCUUGUACAGCCUUCAUGACAACAUAAGCAAGAUCAAAGCUCCAACACAGAUAAUCUGGGGGAAAAAUGACCAGGUCCUGGAUUCAUCUGGAGCAGCAAUUUUAGCUGCAGGCAUUCCUCAUUCCCAAGUUCAUAUGCUGGAGAAAUGUGGACAUGCCAUACCAUUAGAUUACCCCAAAUCAUCUGCACAGCUCCUGCUGGACUUCCAUGAGUCAAUUUCGUGUGUGAAGAAUAAGAAACUGGCAUAAACUGAAAACUACACACUAGAAUAUUUUCCUCCAUUUGAU